ACAUACAUUUUAAAUAUGGAAGUAAUCAACUUUUAUACAGAAACUGGAGAAAAUGGACUCGGUGAAGAUGAACUUGAAGCAUCCAUUGCAACUUUGCAGAGUUUGGCCUCAUCACUGGAAGCUGACUGUGUACUGCUGCGUAAGAAGAAAGCUGAGGAAGGAAUGGUGGCAGAAUAUCUUGUACGUAAGAGAGCUAAAGAAGAUGACUUUAUGGAAGUUAGAGUGGCAGUUGUUGGCAACGUAGAUGCUGGGAAGAGUACUUUACUUGGCGUUCUUACUCAUGGAGAGCUGGACAAUGGAAGAGGAUUUGCUCGUCAAAAACUCUUUCGGCACAAGCAUGAAAUGGAAUCUGGAAGGACUUCCAGUGUGGGUAAUGACAUCUUGGGAUUCGACAGCUGUGGGAAUGUUGUCAAUAAACCUGACUCACGAGGUGCACAAAUAGACUGGGUGAAAAUUUGUGAGGAAUCGUCAAAGGUUAUUACUUUUAUUGAUCUCGCUGGACAUGAGCGAUACCUGAAGACAACCAUUUUUGGGAUGACAGGUCAUGCUCCUGACUUCACUAUGCUCAUGGUUGGAGCUAAUGCUGGCAUAGUAGGAAUGACCAAGGAACACUUGGGACUGGCUCUAGCCCUGAACGUUCCAGUUUUUGUUGUUGUUACCAAAGUGGACAUGUGUCCGUUGAACGUUCUCCAAGAGACCAUGAAACUUCUUAUAAGGAUUCUUAAAUCCCCCGGCUGUAGAAAAAUCCCCGUUAUUGUACACUGUAAAGACGACGUUGUUGUUUCUGCUACAAAUUUUGUUUCUGAACGGUUAUGUCCAAUUUUCCAAGUGUCUAAUGUCACAGGUCAGAAUCUUGAUCUGCUUAAGAUGUUUUUAAAUUUAUUAUCGGCACGAAUGCCAGCAACAGACUCUGAACCAGCAGAAUUUCAGAUUGAUGACACUUACUCGGUGCCUGGUGUUGGUACAGUGGUGUCGGGAACAACCCUGAAAGGAAUAAUCCGACUGAAUGAUGUGCUCCUCCUCGGUCCCGAUUCACUUGGACACUUCCAACCAGUUGCUGUGAGGUCUAUUCACCGCAAAAGAAUGUCGGUUAAAGAAGUACACAGUGGACAGACUGCCUCAUUUGCACUGAAAAGGGUAAAGAGAUCAGAUAUAAGGAAAGGAAUGGUCAUGGUGUCACCGUCAAUAAAUCCUGAAGCAUGCUGGGAGUUCCAGGGAGAAAUUUUAGUUCUUCAUCAUCCAACAACAAUAAGUCCUCGAUAUCAAGCUAUGGUUCACUGUGGAAGUGUUCGACAGACAGCAUCUAUCAUUUCUAUGUCUCAAGAUUGCCUGAGGACAGGAGAUAAAGCUAUUGUUCACUUCCGCUUCAUCAAGAAUCCAGAGUACCUGCGACCUGGAAUGAGGAUGGUAUUUCGUGAAGGUAGGACCAAAGCUGUGGGAAACAUCAGCAAACUAUUCCCCAAUGCGUCACCACCCACUCAGGUGAACAGAAACAAGCCACCAAAGAUGAGGCCAUCUUAUAGCACUAAUACAGCUAUUGAAGGAGCUACUAAAGUUGAAAGUGAGCCGAAUCGUGGUGUGAAAAGAAGUCGGGGAAGGCACAGAGGAGGUCGCUCACAUCCAACACCUACUGUUACCUGAUGGGUAUUUUUCAAUCUUUUACAAACAUCCUGCAUGUUCACCUCCACCAAACAAGUUGAACAAAUGUUUUAAAUAAUUUCAAACCUCUGUAGUCAAUAAAGAAUUUACACAGUGAGGAAUAUG